AUGAGAUUUACACUGUUCUGGAAGAAUAAGGGGGCGUGGUCAGGGGAGGGCCAUGGUGGAGAGGGUGUGUUACCUGGAAAAGGGGCGUGGUCAUAUGGGAAGGGGCGGGAACAGGUUGUGGGUGUGGCUCAGCUGUUUUAUUUACAGCUGCAGACACUGGAGGCACAGACCAGAAGCUCCACAGAGACAGAGAUGGUGUCCCGCGUGCUCCUCCUCCUCCUGCUCCCCCUGGUGGUGGCAGAUUACCCAGACACCAUGGGGAACAUGACCUCCAACUUCAUCCCAGACGAGUCCAAAGAUGCGUACUGUGAGAUGCUGCUGCAGAGCCCGGUCCCGGUGCCGCCUGAGACCGCCCCCUGGUUCUGCAUCUGCUCCCACUGCAAAGGAACCACGGGACCCAAGGGAGACCGGGGAGACCGCGGCCUACCAGGUCGGCCUGGCAGUCCUGGACCCAGAGGCCCCCAGGGGCCCAAAGGACAGCAGGGCUUUGUGGGAGCUCCAGGCAUCAAAGGACAGAAAGGUGAUGAUGGAGUGAAGGGGGCCCCUGGGUUCCAAGGGAAUGUGGGGCCAAAAGGAGCACAAGGAUUUAAAGGGGAGAAGGGCGACCUGGGCCUGGAGGGUCGUCCUGGAGACCAGGGGCCUAAAGGAGAUGAUGGUGUGUGUCCCAAUGAGUGUGAGGCCAGUGAGGGCCCCGCUGGGCCCCCAGGGCCCCCAGGGCCGGCCGGGCUCAGAGGAGUUGCAGGGGCUGAUGGAGCUCAGGGACAGAAAGGCUCUAAAGGUGCCAGUGGAGUGCCAGGCCAGCCAGGGGUCGACGGACUCCCAGGAGGCAAGGGAGAUCAGGGGCCGAAGGGAGACUGUGACUGUGUGGACGGCCAGGAUGGGGCCCCUGGGCCUAAAGGAGACCAAGGGCCCCACGGCGAGCAGGGGGACGCAGGGCCUAAAGGAGAGCAGGGCGCCUCUGGAGAGAAGGGGGAUGGGGGUAUGAUGGGCAUGCCAGGAAUGCCGGGACCCUGUAUGCCCAAGGUGAAGGCUGCAUUCUCUGCGGCCCUCACCCAGAGCUUCCCGGCCCCUGAUCUGCCCGUGCCGUUCCCCAAGAUCAUCUACAACCUCCAGAACGCCCUCAUCCCCUCCAUGGGCAUCUUUGUGGCCCCCAUCAACGGCACCUACGUGUUCUCCAUGACCCUCACCGUGGCGCAGCGCCCACUGGUGGUCGGCAUCUUUCGCAAUUUUAAGUCGGUCCUUAAGACAACAGACUCCAGCACGUUGGGGACGUUGGCCAUGACCGUCACGCUGCACCUGCAGAUGGGCGACGGCGUCUGGCUCCAGGUCAAAGACAACAACAACAACGGCAUGACCACCGGGGAGGACAGGUCCUCUCUGUUCUCUGGGUACCUGCUGUACCCCGACCAUUGCCAGGGAGACUUCAUGGACAUGGGCAGCAUCACCGGCCGUGACUUCGGGGAACUCUCGGGUCUGCUGACCCCACCGCCCCCCACCGAGCCCACCUACACCCACACGGGCUUCUACUCCUGGGAGGACGCCACACCUUAG